GCAGCAGCAAUGUCAAAUCAUUACCAGACUCUGGGCAUUUCCAGAGAUGCCAGCCGACGCGAAGUUAUACAAGCAUACCACGCUCUGGCGCUCCAGCACCAUCCAGACAGGCCGUCUGGCUCCACACAGGCCUUCCAGCGCAUCUGCAGUGCAUUUGAGGUGCUUGGUGACGAGGCGAAGAGGCAUGCAUACAACUUCGCUCUUGUUGAGCGAGCGAACCGCGAUGGGAUGUCGUCUGACUCUAUGCUCUUGAGGCCGACUGUCACGGGUGAGGAGGCCCAUGUUCUUGCAGAUUACCCAGUGACAUUUGCCAAACUCCUCCUUUCUGCAAAGCCCGCCCUCUGGGGACGUCUGCUGAGGGCGUUGAGCAGGAAACAGCUGGAUGAAUUGAAAGCUUGCCUCCAUUCCGCUGAAUCAGGCAAGCGAAUAAGGCUCGAUAAGUCCGAGAACCUUCAACAGCUCCGAGGUUUGGACAACUUGCACGCAAAGGGAAGUGGCUAUGUGGCCAAACUAACUCUUGACCACCUUGAGGUCGCGUCUCCCUUUGCCGCGACGGUCGCAGUCGCUGCAUAUUAUCAUUCAGCAGUGCUGGAGCUCAGAAACUUGAUAAGGGGCCACACGGUAGCUUCGCCUCGUUGUACUUUUGAAGAGGCCGUUCUCCGUGGCAUGGCCAGCCUUGACGAACAGGGCAUGGCUUGCCCGCUGACAUUUCGUGCGCGAUUUGGUCACACAGAUGCAAGUUUGCUAACCGACGACGUGGGGCUAGCCCUUCAGAUGAGAACAGCCCUGCUGGCUGCCCCGGCCCGUGCAAGAAGCAAAGUCAAGGCGGAGUGGGGGAAGGUUGUCACGGAGCGACGGCGAGUGGCGGCAGAUUUGUUGCCAAAGACUGCAUCACGCCUCUUGGGCUUCAUCAUGGCGCGAGAGGACUCCUUGCGCGACAUGCCAAUCCCCAAGCUUCGCAGAAGGUGUAAGCAACCAGCUGCCGUGGUGCUCCAGGUGCCCUUGCUGCCGCAGACCGCUACACGACUAGGGCUGCUUGUCCAGGAGAUGCAGGAAAGAUUGGCUUCCGGGGAAGGUCAGAAAGCCUUGCAACAGCUUUUCCAGCAGAAGCACCCUGCAAUCGCGGAGGGUCCCAAAAUCACGACAAAGGAAGGUCUGCAAGUUGCGUUGGGGCGCCUGGUGAGUGGCGACUUCCUCGACGUGGUGGACAUGUGCACGUUUGCAGCAGUGGACAAGCAAAUGGAUCAAAUCCUUACGCAGGCAAUGUCUUGCAGAGGGACCCUCACACUUGACCCCCGCAGCUUCCGCAGCUCUAUGAAACUCAUCCUCGGCUUCCUUGGAACAAGGUUCGCACACGACACACAGGUUAUCGACCUGAGAUUCCUGCCGAAUGAGAUGCUUCGUGACAGCACGCUAUGGCCGCUCUUGUACAGCUUGCCAGCUUUGCAACGGGUGCAUGUGCGGCACGACGCGCCGAGUGCACCUCGCAACCCGAAGGUAAUGCUUCAAUUCGAUCUGCGUGCUGGAGCAACGUCUUCCUCAGAAAUGGGCUGA